AAGGUUUCCCGUUCCCUUUUCCUUUUUUUUUUCUUUCCUUCUGUUUUUGGACCCUAUAAAAGGGCAUGUAAAUAGCUAGACAGUGUGUAACGUGGAGGGUGACAGACUCCACACGGGAGAGGUUGAACUAUACAAAGUGUACUAAACCAUUAAACAAGAAAACAUUAAUGAAACACUGAUCAUCGAAAACAAAUUCAAUCAUUUCUAGUGAAUAAAAAAUAUGCAUAAUUUGAUUUGCUCUGACGAUAUAUACCAAUUAACUGUGGUUUUUUUAUUAGUUCUGUCUGAUGUAUUAUUCUGUUUCUAAUACAAACACAACUCAUUGCAGUUUAUGUUUGCCAUCAAUGACGAUCUCUAGUAUUUAUUAACUGACCUUCAAGGGAAGGAUUCAGUGAGCAAUGGUUAUAGACAAAUUUACUGGAUCUGUUAAAGGUCUGUGCAGGAACCAGAACGGGAGAGCUGCAAAGGAUCUUCUUAAUGAAAUGCUGACCUAUGGCCUGAAAGCUGAUGUUAUAACAUAUAACAUCUUAAUAGAUGGAUGUUGCAAAGACAAUGAAUCGAGUAAGGCGGAAAAAUUACUUGGUGAAAUGCUCAACGUCGGUGUCGAACCUAAUCAUAUAACGUAUAAUACUUUGAUGGAUGGAUAUUGCAUGGAGGGAAAUGUGAAGGCAGCAUUGAAGGUCAUGACCCAGAUGGAGAAAGAAAGGGAAGUGGGCAAAUGUUGUUACUAUUAUAAUGUACCGAUUAAAGGAUUUUGUAGAUGGCUACAUAAGUUAAUUGCAUAAAUAAUAUACUUACAUUUUCUAAAUUUUUCUUUUGUUUUUAAAAUUGUGAUUUAAAUUACAUAAAUGUAUCUUCUUUCAAUAACAAGCUGUAAUAGUACAAACCAUAACUUGACAGACACUAUGGUAUAUUUUAUCUUUA